UUUCGAGAAUUUUCUGAUCGUUUAUUUUCACACGCUUUGUGUAAUUCUACGAAUUAUCAUCGACUUGAAUAAAACCACCGUUGGAAACCCUAGCCACAAUUUCCGGCAACUCAAACUUAUCGUCACCGGCAACAAGGUCCCCUUGACUGAUCGAUUAUAUCUCAACUUCCCAAAGGUUUAGCCAUGUUUAUCGUCGAGAAAGCUCAGUUAUCUUCCCAUUUCCGAUCAUUCACGAAGAAAUCGAAGCAUGUUCCCAGAAACUACCAACUCGACGCUAGGUCAUUUGAUGAGAAGGUAAUCGUUCUUCUGAAAACUCUAGAUCUCGCCCCGAAUUCGUCAGAAAUCAGUUUGUCUUGGAUGUCGACGGCUGUUUCGUUUCUCUCAACGGUUCAUUCUGAAGCGGAGGAUCAGAUCUCGAAUUUGAAAUCUGAGGCGGAUGAUUAUCAGGCUUUGUAUAUGGAGUACAGUCUGAAGGUACUUGAUCUGUGUAAUUUGAUUUCCUCGGCGGUUCAGCGAUUAACAGAUCGUCGCCUUUUGAUGAAUUUCAGCCUUCGUUUGCUGAACUUUACCGAUCAGAUUCCUUCGCCUGAGAAAUUGAACAAGGCAAAGGAUGCUCUCGGUAGAUUGCUUAACGAUUCACAAGAAUCUGCCAAGGAGAAAGGUCGCCGCGCGAAGGAUUUGAUGGAGGAACUCGCAGUACUGCUCGUUAAGCUGCUGCCACGUAGCAAGACAAGUAGCGGAAGAGAUCUGAUCCGUCGUACGUUCUACGCUCUCGGAGUCUUGACUGUUUUCGUCGGAAGCGUUUUCGUUGCUGUGCUGUACGGAGAUUUCGAUGUCAUUGAACUCAGAGUUCCGGCUGAGUUCCUCUGGGCCGACUCAGUCAACGGCGUGCGGACUCGAAUCUUUGACCUGAUAAAGCCGAAGCAAAAUGGGCUUUUGGAGCUUGGCAACGUGACAAGCCAAGCGGUGGUAGUACGCGAUCUUCUCCAGGUCGUUGUCUCUGACGGCGGAGAUAACGUCGACGAUAGGGUUCGUUUGGAGGACGGAGUGAAAGAGCUGGGAACGGCGGCGAAGAAGUUCUCAGAUGGUAUAGACGCGUUGACUAACGGAGUUAACGGUAUGUUUCGCACUGUCUUGAAAACGCGUAACGGCCGUCUAGACAUUUAGAUGUUUGGUAAGAUGGGUGGGUCCAUUGUAAGUGUGAAUACGUGUAGAUGAUUAGAUGGGAUUAUUACAUACAAUCACACAAAAUCGCUAGUGUAUUGUUCCGAAAACGUGGUCGUUUGUUGAAAGGGCGUGCAAAUUUGUAUGGGUUUGAAUAUCUGAAUAGAAAUUUAAGUAAUACAUGUUUUAAGAUUA